AUGGCUCCCAAAGCAGAGGAUGCCACCCCGUUAAAGGCGCGCUCCAAGCCAUCCACUACCUAUGAGCUCGUUGUGCUGAAUCUCAAGCCCCUAGGCUCGCUUCUGACUAUCGAGCUGGUUGACGUCUUCGUCGGACCGAAGCGCAAGACCUUCCGCCUUCACGAACAUUUGCUGUGCGACCGCUCGGACUACUUCAAAGCAACAUUCCAAGGCGAGUUUGCUGAAGCCAAAUCUAAAGAGCUCUAUUUGCCCGACGACAACGACGCGUCGUUUGAGCUCUUUGUCAAUUGGCUCUAUGGUGGCAAUCUCAAGCCGCCGAGCAAUGACGACGAGCUUUCGGCACAUCUCGGUCUACUGGCAUUGGCAGAGAAAGUCUUGAUUGAACAUCUUGGUAAUCUCACUGCUGAUCACAUCAGAGGAUACUAUCGGGAUUCCAAAGCGAGAGUCUCCGCUCGAGAUCUCUCAUUCGUCUUCGACAACACCAGCAGCCAUCUGAUGCUACGAUGUAUGGUUGUCGUCGCAGCAAUGCAGACACUGAAAUCAAGCUCCAACAAGGGUCUUCCAGCCGACCUCCGGGAGCUAAUCAUGAAAGGCGGUGAAAUAGCAGCGAUGUUCGCCAAGUACUUGCUAUAUUCGCAAGACCACGGAAAGAUAUCCAGAAUCGACCAUGUGCUUGAUCUCAACAGAAGCUGUACUUUCCAUUACCACAAUUACACCCCCAAAUGCAAAGGGCCAGCGGUUGGAAAGCUCGAUGACUUUGAGGAGGGUAGUGCUCAGAAACCCAAGCCUAGCAAGUGA